GAGAAAAAGCGAAGGUGAUGUGGAGCAGGCGUCCGCACUCGCCGAGCCGCAAGAGUUGCACGGCUCUGGCGGACUGGACCCGGACUCUAUAAAAGGAGCCCAUCUGCUCUGCCACUCACAGGCUUCUCCCUGGCUGGCGCUUGCCGGGUCCCUCCAGCUCUCUCAGACACCUACUCCUUCCCAGUGUUCGGCUCUAAGUACCCCAGACCCGUGCGCCCAGCGGCAUGGCUCCCAGCGGUGCUGGUGGAACCAAGGUGGUGGUGGCAGCGGCGGCACCACGCCAGCAGCCACAGCUCCAGUCCCCGAAUCCCCCCUCUUGCCGCCCCUUCUCCACGGGGCAGCUCGCCCAACUGGUCUGCGCGUGAAAAGAGAGGGAGGACAGCUACAGCGCAAGGCGCCCCGGAGCGCGGCUCCCAGACUUCACCCCACCCAGCUUGGCGGCUGCAACCGCCGCAGCAAAGUGCCCCAGCUUGGGGCGGGGGUCGGGAAUGCAAGACCAAGAUUCUUGGCUGGCCUGCAAGCUUUGGUCUCUACUGCUAGAAAACUCCUGCGGGGGGAGUGUGCAGAUACAGGAGCGCCCAGGUUAGGAGAUGCUGAGCCCUGAGCAAGAGGGUAAGAGAUCCCACUUGACCCAGCCCCUAUCUUCAAGCAAUACCUCUCCCUUCUCCACUUUGUUUCUCCAGAGAGCAAAACCAGAGCUGGGCUGGGUGGGUCAGUUCUUCAGGUACCGGGGCUAGGACAGGGCGUGGAGAGGAGCAGUCAGAAACGCAGACGCAGCGCCAGGCGCACUGGAAGUGCAGAGGACGCGCCCGCCUGCUUGCCUGCUGCGCGGGUGACCUCUAGUUUCAGCUAGGAACCUGGGCGGAGGAGUUACAGAGGAACCCACGGAACUGACUUCAAGGCGAGACCAGACUGUGGUCUCUAUGAACCUUCCAUUUUCUGCUGUCCUCCUCGUCCGCUCCAUGCCCAAGAGCUGCGCUCCAGAGCUAGGGCCAGAAGAGCCAUGGAGGGACCGAGUGUUCAGUGCGCCCAGCCGCCGCCCGCGGGAUCCCAGAUCGGGGUACCCCAAGCCAACCUCUCUGCUGCUCCUUCCCACAACUGCAGCGCCUCCGAGAGCUACAUUUACCAGGACUCCAUUGCCCUACCCUGGAAAGUACUGCUGGUUGUGCUGCUGGCGCUCUUCACCUUGGCCACCACGCUUUCCAAUGCCUUUGUGAUCGCCACGGUGUAUCGGACCCGGAAGCUGCACACCCCGGCUAACUAUCUGAUAGCUUCCCUGGCCGUCACCGACCUGCUAGUGUCCAUCCUGGUGAUGCCCAUCAGCACUAUGUACACGGUUACGGGCCGGUGGACACUGGGACAGGUGGUCUGCGACUUCUGGCUGUCGUCGGACAUCACCUGUUGCACUGCUUCCAUCAUGCAUCUCUGUGUCAUCGCCCUGGACCGCUACUGGGCCAUCACGGAUGCCGUGGAGUAUUCAGCUAAAAGGACUCCCAAAAGGGCGGCUGUCAUGAUCACUCUGGUGUGGGUCUUCUCCAUCUCUAUCUCUCUACCGCCCUUCUUCUGGCGUCAGGCCAAAGCCGAGGAAGAAGUGUUGGACUGCUUAGUGAACACCGACCACGUCCUCUACACGGUCUACUCCACGGUGGGUGCUUUCUACUUACCCACCCUGCUCCUCAUCGCCCUCUACGGCCGCAUCUAUGUGGAAGCCCGCUCGCGGAUUUUGAAACAGACGCCCAACAAGACCGGCAAGCGCUUGACCCGAGCCCAACUGAUCACAGAUUCCCCUGGGUCCACGUCCUCUGUCACCUCCAUUAAUUCGCGGGCUCCCGAUGUGCCCAGCGAAUCUGGGUCUCCAGUGUAUGUGAACCAAGUCAAAGUGCGAGUCUCCGACGCCUUGCUGGAAAAGAAGAAACUCAUGGCCGCUAGAGAGCGCAAAGCCACCAAGACCCUGGGGAUAAUUUUGGGAGCAUUUAUUGUGUGCUGGCUGCCCUUCUUCAUCAUCUCCCUGGUGAUGCCUAUCUGCAAGGAUGCCUGCUGGUUCCACAUGGCCAUCUUUGAUUUCUUCACGUGGCUAGGCUAUCUAAAUUCUCUCAUCAAUCCCAUCAUCUAUACCAUGUCCAAUGAGGAUUUCAAACAAGCGUUCCAUAAACUGAUACGUUUUAAGUGCGCAAGUUGACUUGCCAAUUGCAGUGGGGUCGCCAAAGCGACCUUUGGGGACCAAGUUGGGUCUUUCCACAGGUAGGUGGAAUCUUCUUUCGCUGUUACUGGGUCCGAACAAGGCUCUCUCUUCUGGGCAAGGGCAAUGGAUCCUGAGAAGCCAGGACAGCCCUGAGAGCUCUGAAAGGAGAACUGUUCAAACUAAAUGUAGAGCUUCCCUGCUGAGGAGAAGGUUCACCUCCUCCCCUCAAACCUUGGGCUCAGCACAGAUACUGCGGCAGCCAAUCACAAAGGGGUUUGCAACUUAAAAAUUGAUGAUGGAUAGGUGAUCCCUGCCCUGCUUUAGUAUCACGGAUGAUGCCCUCUAAAGCCAGUGGUACUUGUAGUUGUUGUCUGAAGCCUGUCUGAGACAGAUCUACAAACAGCCUGGCAGUACUUGAACUAGACACUUAAUACCCUGUGUUUUGGGGAGAACAUUGUGUUACAGCUUAAUUUAAGAACAGUUACUUUGGCAUUCUUCAGUCUUCAGUUUUUGUUUAUUUAAACUUGGUUGGAGAAACUUGUGGAUUUGGUGCUUCAAACCCUAAAUGUGUCUUGGAUGGCGCAGAGAACCUUGAAGAGUUAACAGCAAAAUUCUGAUGCUAAGAUCUCUAUUUUUAUUAUAACUGAAACUAUAUA